AAUGGAACAGAAUAAAAAAAGAUUGUCCGCCAAAAAGGAAACCAGUCGUGAUGCACGCACACCCACCAAUUAUUCACCAAGCCAGUUCGUCCGACCUCCGACAACUGGCACCUCAUCUUCGUCUAGUGAAGACCGCAGCACGUCCGUCAAAUCUAGCGAUGACACCUCACCUGAAGACAUAAUCAAAAUUUCUCCUGCUCCAAACAGCCGUACCAAGGAGACACCAUAUCCUUCUACUUCGUUCAAAAUCUCCAGAAAUCCGAGAGAUGGCUUGGAGCUAAAGUUUGACUCUGCGCCCUCAGCCUAUUUCACCCCCAUGAAAUGUGAUUUGCCAGUUGAUGUCACCUUGUCACCACAGGAUGGUAAUCGAAUCCCAUCUCCUGCCUCAAUUUCAAGCCUUACCUCUCGUCCUUUAGAGUGGGAUAGUGGAGCAGAUGUUGGAUAUGUAGCUUUAGGGGUUGAAACAGGGCUCAGUACCAUUGAAAGGAUUGCUCUUGCACAAGGGUCUGCCAUAUUACUUCCGCGUUCUGAUCCAGAGGGAACCACUGAAACGGCAUCAAAACCUGUUAAAAUUAUCAAUCCUACAAUAGAAAAAUUAAUUGGCACCCCAGCCGCGGAAUCAACCACAAUUAGCAGCAAUAUGAUGUCACCAAUUUCGACUUCAAAGCCAUUCUACUUCCAAGGUGUCUCUCCUAUCAUUUCCUCAAGCACCCACGUAGUAUCCAAGAUAAACUCACCAGUUGAAUCCAGUAAUAAUCAAAUGAAGCAAAUUGAGCCACAGUUUAGCAAUUUAUGUUUGGAGGACAAGAAUCAACCAUGUGACAAGGUGCCUUCUCCUUCAACUCCCCACCCUGAAAUAGAUGGUACAGAAUCGCGCCCUGAGGAAAAUCGUCCUAAGAUUGAGGAUGCAGCAGUUGACAAAAAAGAAAAUUACGCCCAAGUUGAACCUCCAAAGCCUCAAGCCUCAAGUAGAGCUUCAAGUGCCAAAGAGGAGAGUACGUCUGAGAACAGAUCUAAUAAAAUCAUUGCUAAUGAUGCGCAGUUAGAGCAUCCUUUGGUGUUGAAGAAAAGUGCUAGCUGUUCAAACUUGCUCCAAGCAACUCAAUCAGUAGAUCUACGUUUUCUGAAACCUUUAAAAAGACAUUUUCAAAAUUCAGCUUCUUCAUCGUCAAUAUCGACGGUUAUAGAUAGGUCAAAAAAGAAAUCCAGAAAAUUUUUUGCCACCUCAAGUUUGAUCUCAGAGAAAUCAGAAACCAAAGGGAAACAGUUUAAAUCACCACGUAAAAUAUUAAGUCCCUCUAAAAAAUUGCAUCAAUCAAGCAGCAAAAGUUCUCAUAUCAAUUCCUUGCCCAAAACCCCUCAGAAUGAAAAUCCCCCCGAUGUCCAGAAAGCAACCACUCAAAAUUCUCAAAUAGCCUUUCAUACAUCCAUUCAACAGAGCAUUCUUGACGAGCUCCAGCAGUGCGUAAAUGAGAUCAGUAAUAACUUUAAUAGUAGUAAAAAUAAUCAUAAAAACAGAGGUGACAGCUCACAAGGUCAUAGAAAGAAAGGGUCUGGCUCUACGCAUGGGAACUGUAGCACUUUAGAAAGUAUUGCGAGUGUACAAACAAACGAUUCUUGGAAUGCAGACUUUAAUGCCAAAGAGUCAACAACGUCUGCUGAAAAAGCUAAAAGUUUUGAGUACUUGCCUGGAGAUAUGUACGAGCGAAAUUCGUCUGAGUGUUUUCAGGCACAGAAAAAAACAGAAAGCAGUAGUUCAGUCUCUGAAAAAAUUGACUUCUCUGAAAGCAGCAGAGAUGAACUGUGGAACCCAUCUAGCAUGAAUUUAUUCCAGCUUGAACUGGAUCGCGGAGUUAAUUUACUGAAAAACUUCAUACACAAUUCAACAACCUUUGACUCGCGAAGGAAGCAGCUUCUUAUGAAGAAAAUUGCUAAAAAAUUGAUUGACUCUGAGUACAACUGCCUCCAGAAACCUCCUCUGAAUGAACAUCCUGCCGUGAGCAAAAAAGUUGGCCCCUCUGAAGUGUAUCUCAGAGACGGUUUCAAAUUCUCGCAAACAAAUAACAAAUCAAGUGAAUUGAGUGGGUCCACACAAAUAUCGCAAAGUUACGUAGAGUCUACGUCUGGAAGCAGUUGUCUUAACCUAGUGAUGCGGCCACUGAAAAAGACAACAAGCGUUGAAUCUUCCUCUGACAAUCCUAAUAAGAUAUCAUCAGGAAUCCGGCACAUUCAAGAAAACUACUGCUCUAACAAUCGCUCGUUUGAUUUGCUGGAUGAAACAAAAGAUGAAUAUGUGUUGACCAAUGAGGCUCAACAUCAAAAUCAUGCUAGGACUGUAGCAAGGAUGAAAGAGCAAGAAGAUUUAAAAGUAUUGCGAGAUAAGACUGGUCGUUCAUCUGGUGAAUAUUCCAAGUCCAGCUCUUCAACAGGGAAUUGCCCACAAGUGUUUUAUAGCUCAGAGUAUCAGUGGUUGAGCAACAUGCCCUCUAAGAACAAAUUUAUGCGGUCUCCUAAGUACAAAAAGUUUUCUAGAUUCCAAAGUGUAGACAAAAAAAAUGAUGGAGAAUCUCGACUGUUGAAUGAAAACUCGGAUGGUUUACCUGAUGGGAGGACUGUAAACUUGGGGCGCAAUGCUUAUAGACCUUUUCCAAACAGUACAAAUGAUAGUUCAACCAAAGGAUCCCUAAAUUGUAAAUCUUCUUAUCCUCAAGAUUGGCGGAAACCAACAAGCGAUAGUGAGCGGCGUUAUGAAGAAAAGUUGAUCUUUGCAGAUAAAAAGGCAAACAAAAAGGAAUCGGCUCUUCUGUAUAAUUAUCUUGAUGCCGAGAGGAGAAAUCAUCUACUCUGGAUUCAAUCGGAAAUUAAUCACUUGAGCAAUCUCAAAGCUUUGAUUGAAAAGCAGGAAAAACUCAAAGAAGGUUUUAAAGUUUUAAAGACGAUAAAAGUGGAUGGACGAGGAGAUUCUCAGGCUAAACUAAAACCUGUCAGCUGUCUUAAAAAAUCAGGAACCUCCAGUAGUGCACAAACUUCUUAUGAAGGUAAUGAUAAAAAUGUGAAAGCAUCCCGCCAAUUAGAAGAUAAUUUUUCCAGAAGUUCAUCUGAUAAAGAGAACAAAGAUUUACAGAAUAGAACUCACAAAAGUGCAAAUACAACAAGGACAAGGUCAGGCGGUGCUCUGAUCAAUCAAUCUUCCAAAGAAAAUUCAGAUAAUGAUCUAUCGUCAAAACACUCACAUUACAUUUCUGCUACUUCUGAUGUGACAAAUGAUACUUGGGCUGAAAGUAGCAACAAGCAUUACAUUAAAAAUCGGAAGAAAAAUUACUCCACUCCUCCCAAGGCGAAGAGGCAUUCUAAUUCUCGUAAGAAACCCUCGAAACCUAUCAGCUACACAAUUCUGUUUGACCCUCCAAAAUCAGCAAGAACACCUUUCCUUGCCCCCACUCCCAAAAUCAUUAAAAAUACAGACAACUCAGCUUCAAAGGCCCCGGAGCCCACUCUCCAAGAAUGUCUUGCAAGGAAGCACCCUGAAAUAAUCAAAAGAGUUGAGUUCCGUAAAAACUGUAUUGCUGAACUUGCUUGCUUACGGCAACUACAAAAUGAGAGGAAAAAACAGUUGGUGCUAGCAUGUGGCUCAGUAGACCGAGCCAUUCAAGUUCCAAGUAAAGAUGAGCUUCCGUCUCUGAAAGAGAAGCGGAUUUUCUCUCAGAAAAAAUUACGACAGCAGACAGAGAAGAAGUACCGAAAGUGCUUUGAGGUCACGCAGAAGUUGAAAGAGCAGAAAACCAAAGAAGAAUACAGAACCAAUAGGCUUAUGGCAGAAACUUUUGCCAAAAGGUUACAGCGGAAAACUCUUAAAGGACAAGUCGAUCUUUCGAACAGUGUCAUGGUGAUAGAGAGCUGAUUGGCUUUUAUGGGAGAUCUUUCUCAGAGCUGGAGAUCUCAAGAGGAAUCAUUCUCAAUGUCUGUUUGGGAAAUGCACAAAAUGCAUUGUGAUCGUGAGGAAACCAGUGACUUGUGAUCUCAAAGCAACAGCAUCAUCUGUUUUCACCUCCUCACUCAAACUCAGCUGAAGCGUUUUACCUUUUACUGUAAGUCUUACAUAUUUUGGUUGCACAUCAAUUUCUAUUAAGCUAGUGUCCAAGUAUCUGUAAGAACACUUGAAUCAUGAAUCUCACUCAUUUUUUAAUAGGCUACUUAAGUAAAGACAGAGACCCUAAUUUUAAGGCUCUUUCUUUUUUUACUUUCUUAAUUGAGAAGUCCCCUACUAAACCUUGUCAUCUCCUUGACAUUAUUUUUUCCCUAAGAGUCACUGUAAACUUUAGGAAAUAAAAUUCUCCAACAAGUAAGAAAUUUAUAUUAGUUUCUCAUGUACCUGCCAUUCAUUUUGAAAAAUGACCAGACGUUCCAGUUCCGUCAAAGAGCUGGAUUAUUUUUCACCUUUCAAAUAAUUCAAAUGAUUCUUCAUCUUACUUGUUUUUUAAUCUUGUUAAGAUCAUUUUUUACGUUUGUUCAAAUCGAUGACUUUCUAGUUCGUCACUAAUUUUCUUUGAAUUUGUUUUGUUUAGUUGUAUCAUAGUAUUUGAAUGAUCAAAUUACAUUGUUAUUACUAUGAGAAAAUUUAUUCUGUGUGUAAAUUGUUUUUUGACAAUAUACUCUGUAAAUUUGCA